AGCAGCAGCAGCAGCACCAGCAUCUGCAGCAGCAACAUCUUGGUCGGCUGCUUCUUGGUUGGCCGAGAACGUGAUCGAUUUCUGGCCGAGAUCAGAGCAAAUCACCAUGGCGAUGUCACCUGUCUUGGAUGCGGCUGCCAAAGCCGCUGGCCGUGAUCUCAAUGGCAACGCACCAACAGCAGCAGCAGCAGCAGCAGCAGCAACAGCAACACGAACCGCAGCAGCAACAACGCCGCGCAAAACGAAAAAGACAAUUAUCAAUUGGCUGGUGAAUAGUGACAGUGACAACAACAAUCGGCCGACGUGCGAUAAGGCCGGCAAAGAUAAUCCAAAUCCAAAUCCGAAUCAAAAUCGAAAACCGAAUAGCCAGGCAAAUCCGCAACAAAAUUGCAGCUGCGAAUCGCGGGCGUUUCGCGAUUUCCGGGGUGUGCAAACCCUGCGAUUGUUGUGGAGCAAACGCAUCAAAAGUGCCAGCGAGGAUCAGGGACACUGCCACGCCCACUCGAACGCCGCCCCCACCUCGUUGGGCACUUUGAAAAAAUUAAACAAAAGCGUUAGUUGCCUGGUCAACGCCUUUAACAAUUCGCGCGAUUGUUCCACGCCGGAAAAAUCGCUAGCAAAACGCGCGGCCAGUUUGCACAACCUGCAGGACUCGCAAACGAAGCACCAGCAAUUGCAGCGGGAAAAGGACAAUUUCUACAAGUACAAAAACGCCGAGCAGGCCAAAAUGCAGGCCAAGUUAAGAAGCAACGCGGACGAGGCGUUUUUAAACGCCAGCGAAACGCGCCCGAAACGUGACGACAGCAGCGGUUUACCUGCAGUGAAAUCGUAUAGUAUGGCGACCUUAUCAGCAGAUAAGGUUGGCAAGGUGGGCAGGGGGUCAACGGAGGAUGAGGAGGAGUUGGAGGUGGAACUCAGAGGCAAACGGGAGCGCAAUCGCCUCGAAGGCCUCAGUCUCAGCGCGGCGAGCGCCCAAAGUGGCGGCAGUAGCGAAUCGCUUCAAACCACCACCUCCUCCUCCACCACCACCCACAACACUCUGACGUCAUCAUCGUCGACGGGUCGAUCGGGCGGACGUCGCAAAUAUAGCUUUAAAACCCAUGCUGGAAGAUCAUAUCAUCAGCAUCAUCAUCCAACGCGUAGGCUAAGCAACAUGGACUCACAUGGCACUGCUUCAGGUGGCGGCAUCAGCAUGGUGGCCAAGUUAACCCACCAGUUCAACGAGAUUAUCCAGAAGGACACGAGAAUUUUGGAGCAGGUGAAGCGGAACAAUGGCGUCUGGAUAUCCCGGGGAACCCAUGUCUACAAGAUCGUGGAGAAACCAUCUGCAGAGGGAAAGGUAUCACCGAAUUCCGAGGAAAGUCGCAUCUCCACUGUACAGCGUAAUAUUAAGAAGUUCGAGAAGCUGGAAAAACCCAGUGUUCCGCUGAAAAGUGAACAGCUUCGGAAACAUCUAGAACUGAUGAGGGGCAGUAAUCUUCCACGAGGUCCUCGGGUCAAAAGAAAUCUCAAGCUGCCAUCCGGAAGUGUGGGUAUUCCCGAGCUGGCCAUGGUCAAGGAGGAACUAAAGGCAAUCCCCGCCGAAGAGCAAGCUAAGCAACCAAAGUCAACUGAAUCACUGCCCAAGAACAAUCAUCACGAGGAACUGAAUCAUACAGAUGACAGACCCAGUGAAGAGCCGGAUGGGAUUUUGGGUGAGAAGGAGGCGGAGGCGGAGGAGGAGGAGGAGGAUCAGCGUCAGAAGCAGCGGAAACACAAGUAUGCCUCCAUAUAUGAGAAGCUCCGAUUCACCUUCGCGAAAGGUAGGAAAUCAGCGAGUCCCUCACCCACCAAAGGCAGAUCUCGGGAGGAGAUAUCCAUAGAUGAGGAAGAAAGAGUUACCAAGGAGAAGGCUAGAGAAAAGGAAGUACCCCAGGAAGAGGUUACCAAGAAAGAAGAUUUCAAAUUGGAAAUACCCAGAGAGGUAACUCCCAAAGAAGAAGAUCUGGAAGAUCCCUCACACCCCCUGCUCAUUUCGCCCUGCCUUGAAGCCGAUGCCAAAAUACUAGAUGCCCUAGAGGCCCUAGACCAAAAGCUCAAGGUUCUCAGUCCCCUAAGCGAGGUGACCGCCCCAGGUGGUGACCACGAACUCCUGCUGGCCGCCAAUGAUGACUUCGAGCAACGCAUCCUGCCCAACAACUCCUUUGUCUACCAGGCGGCCAGAAAGCAGAUCUCCAACAAUCAAAUCCUGCUCAACCAAGCGGUGAAUGUUACACUGGUUAAUGCCAUCGAGGGUGAGCAGAUGAUCAUGGAGCAGAAGCAGCUGAUGAAGGUCAGAGAGUUGAAACUAAAGCCGGAGGAGACGGAGGAGGUGAAGGAUCAAGAAGUACAAAAGAUGGAUGGGGACUUAGAGCCCGAAUCGAUCUACGAACCCAUCACACCUGUCAUCGAUGAAACCAAGACUGAAACCCAGACUUCCAGCCUCUACAAGAUAUACGCCAAGAAAUCAGAGAUUGUGGAGGACAUAUACCAAACGGUGGAGGAGAUGGCCAAGCCGAAUAACUGGCUGGAGGGCUACGAAUCCAUUGCAGGAUCCCAGGAGGCUACUUGUCCUGGCUCCGGCUACGAUGGCUACGAGUCCUUUGCCCAGGCGGAGGUGGCCCUAACACCCACCACUCCUUUGGGCACUGGAACUUUGGGCCGUAAUACCCGCGAUGAGCUGCCGGAACUGCCGAAACCCAAGAGAGUACUUAACAAAUCCCCAAUGCCCCUGCGUCCAGCUCCUCCCAAGCCAGAGGCCAAAGAGUCGGAAGAGGAUGAGAACAUAUACGAUACCAUCAAGGGCUGCUACGAGUCCAUGCACUGCAAGGCCACGUCCUCAUCCUCCAGCGGCGAAGCCACCCUCACCACCGAUGCCAUAUCCCUGAGUUCCAACUGCUACGAGAGCAUUCCGCAUUUCCGGAAGACUCGGGGGGCAAGGGAUCAGGGUGCAGGUCAGGAUCAGGGUCGAGCUCAGGGUCAGGCAUCCGCGGGCAGUUGCAUCCAGCUCUCGAGCAGCGGCUCCACCCUGACCAUCUCCUCGGAUCACAAGACCAACAGCCUGUACGAAUCCUCGCUGGCGGCCACCGGAUGCGUGGUCUACGGCAGCGCCAGUGUGGGAUGCAGGUCGUCCUUGGGCAGCAGCGCCGGCAGCAGGGAUAGUGGAAAGCCCGGCGACAAGAGAUCCUCCAUCGCGGGUUCCAGUGACAACAGCGACGCCUGGGUGGACAUUUCGGAUGGCGAGAUUGGUCAGGCGCCGCUGGAGGCGACGGCCAACGAGGCCCAGUUUAUUGUUGUACGGGAACGGUUUAAGCCGCAUCGCACCCGAAGUCCGGAUUGGUCGAAACGCAUCAGAGACAAAAGACUGCAUCAAAAGAAGGCGAUAAGCUGCAUAGAGGAUGACUCAGACCACUACUACGAGACCCUGUCGCCACUCGGAAACAAACGCCAUUCGACGCAGCUGGUCCGCCACAGCCAGGAAGGGAGCCGGAGCGGUGGCGUGCGCUCCUCGCAUCGCCGCAGCAAGAGCCACUCGGCAUCCGCCCACACGCUGGGCGAGCACGUGGUCAUCUCGGAUGACUACGACUCCUUCGAGACGGACAGCGACGAUCACGGCGAUGGAGAGCCCGACCAGCGGCUACGAAACCACAAUGACAGCGGCGUGGACAUGCGCAACCAUCGCCUGCCGAAGCCACCUCCUCCGCAAAACCAGGUGUACGAAUUCGUGCGCAAAUUCAAGGAUUUCAUCUCCAGCAAAAAAUCCCCGAAGGGCAGUCAGCAGAAGCUCUACGAGAAUACGCCUGCAUCCACGCAGUUCUACGUGGAGAGCGCCAAACGGACGGAGGAGUUGUACGAAAGCACAGGUUACGGUCCGGAUCGUAAUCCGGCAGCCAAGGUCCACCAGAAGCAACAGGCUCCAGUGCUGAGGGACAAGCAGAAGAACGGCAAGAGCCUGCGCUCCCGUCUGCGCAAGAGUCUGGUGGGCUCCAGCUUCGAUACCAAGCAGCUCUCCUCGCUGGCGGCCACACGGAGCACCUUCUACGUGGAGGACCCGGAGGGAUCACUGCCAGCCCUGCCACUGGAGCCGGAGAUCCAUGGUUACGGUGAACUGGACUCGGGCUUCUCCGAGAAGAAUUGCACGCCGUCGGCGGAGUCGCAGAAGUUCUCCACGGUGGCUCGCAAAGCCAAGAAGGAGGCGAAGGCCAGCAGAAGACGCACCACCAUCGGACUGCGGCCCCACGAUCCUCCGCCACCACCACCGCCAAUGGGCGGCAACAAAUCGCCCGCGGAUCCGGAGCGAGAGCAGGAUCUUGGACAGACCACCUCCUGGUAUGCCGAAUGCGGUGUCUUCAAGCAGGCCAACAAUGCUGCAGUUUCUCCUAGGGGCGACGAACCGGUCACGCCAACGCCAAGUGGUCACGGAGGCGUUAACUCCUGGUACGCGGAGUCGGGUCUCUACCAGACCAGUGGUAUAUCCGUGGCCAGUUCCAGCGGCAGCUCGGGGGUCUCCACCGGCAACGAGGCGGGUCUGGGCGAUGAGCUCUCCUCGGAGCCGCACAGCCUGUUCUCCAACGAGCCGCUAUACCAGAUGUACAGUGCCGCCAAGCUGGAGUCGAUCACCCGAGAUCUGGAGGCGCAUGGAUCCUCCGAUGGCUACGAGGAGAUUGGCCAGCAUGCCAAGGCGAAGCAAGAGCCGCAGGCCAAACCACGACCCACUGCUCUCCAACUGGUGGAGCCCAAGAACGGACCCUCGCGCACUUUGUGGUGCGAGAUCCCCGAGGUCAUACACUCUUGCAUACUGCCCACCUUGACCAGUCGGGAGCGCAGUCUGCAGGAGGCCAAGUUCGAGAUCAUUACGUCGGAGGCCAGUUACCUGAAGUCCCUGAACCUGCUGCGACGGCACUUUAUGAACCACAGCGCCUUCGUGGACACGUCCGUGCUGAGUUCCAAGGACCGGAAGGCGCUCUUCUCCUACAUCGUGCCCGUCCACGAGUGCUCGGAGCGGCUGCUCACGGAACUGGAGGCCUGCUGGCAGGACAACAUCAUGCUGCUCGGACUGAGUCGCUGCAUCUACGAGAUCGCCGAGCGGCACUUCCAUGUCUACGUGGCCUUCUGCGAGCAUCAGGGCAGGAUGGACAGGACGCUGCGCCGGUUGAAGGAGUCCAAGGACUCGCUGGCCUUCCAGCAGCACUUAGAGCGUCUGGAGGCCAGUCCCAGCUGCUGUGGUCUCAAUCUGCACUCGUUCCUGAUGCUGCCCAUGCAGAGGAUCACCCGGCUGCCACUCCUGAUCGACGCGGUGUUCAGCAAGGAGUCGCCGCUGAAUCGCGAGGAGUACGAGGGCUGGAAGCUUACGCUGGCCCUCGUCCAGAAACUGGUGGGCCAGUGCAAUGAGGCGGCCAAUCGCUGGGAGCAGGCCUUCGAGCUGGAACGGAUUGCACGCCAACUGGAGUUCCCAAGCCAUGUGCGUGCCCUGGCCAUUGCCCCGGUGGGCGUGCCCAGGGCGGGUUCAAAGCCACGUUACCUGGUCAAACGGGGAGAGCUGACCCACCUGAUGUGGCGUGGCGACGACGCCAAGUUGACCUUUGGCAAGCGCCUGUCGAAGGUCAGCAUCUACGCCUUUCUCUUCUCAGAUCUCCUGCUCCUCUGCAAGCGUCGUGGCGAAUCCACUUUCACCGUCUUCGACUAUUGCCCCCGGAGCAUGCUCACCCUCGCCGCCGGCGACUCGCUGCCCCAGCUGCCCACCAAGGACCUCAAGGACCAGGCCGGCAAGAACCUCAUCGUGAUGACGCUGCUCGAGAACAGCGAUCGCAAGACCGUCGAGCUGAUUCUGUCCUGCCCAUCGGUGUCCGAUCAACAGCGCUGGCUGCAGGCUAUGAGACCACCGGAGGCGGAGACGCCCGGCGAGAAGCUCUACGAGUCCUGGGACUGUCCACAGGUGGUGGCCAAGCACAGCUACGAGUCCGAUGAGCCGGACGUCCUACAGCUGGAACUGGGCGAUGUCGUUAAUGUUUCCCGCAAGCUACCCGACGGCUGGUACCAGGGCGAAAGGAUACGGGAUGGCGCCGUCGGCUGGUUUCCGGGAACCUACACCGAGGAGCUGAACUCGGCCCAUGUCCGUGCCCGUAACCUGAAGCAACGGCACCGUCUGCUCACCUUCACGGCCACCUACCUGGAGUCGCAGAAGGGCAAGUGACCACGGGGUUCAUUUGGAGGUCGAGAAAUGAUCUGAAGCUGAACACGCAACUAACGCCAGCCUCAUAGUCCGCAAACCAACUAUAAGUGAACUACCAUAAUAUCCGAACACUUUAGGAAAUGUGAUAAUUAUUUAAUUCGAUGUUUAUGUUGAUUAAUCGGGAAUCUUAAAACAAUGUCUUUCCCUAUCGAGUAAGCAGUAGCGAGUACUUGUAUUUAUGUAUGUAUAACCGUUUAGUGAUAUGUAAGCAUAAUUAAACAUGAAAAUAAAAUUAAACAACUUAAAAAAUUGA